CCGCCUGACCGGAGUUGUAGUCCGUUUUGAGGAAGGGAGUUUCUGUUAUUGUUAUUGACGGUGUGUUGAAGCUGUGAGCCUCUCAACAUGAAGAAGGUGUUGACCGCGGUUGGGGUUACAGCUGGUGCAGCCUCUGCAGUGAUGCUGGCUCCUCUUGCUCUCUCGGCAGCAGGCUUCACCUCCGCAGGAAUCGCUGCAAGUUCUGCAGCCGCCAGCAUGAUGUCCUCAGCUGCCAUAGCCAAUGGGGGCGGAGUGGCCGCUGGCAGUUUGGUGGCUGUACUUCAGUCAGCAGGUGCUGCAGGCUUGACGACAGGUAUGACAGCAGCUGUAGGAUCUGUAGGUGGGGUGGUAGGUGGAGUAACUGGAUGGUUGGUUGGACGUGGCAAAAACUGAUCCCACCAGACCACCAGACUGAAUCUUCAUCCAGCGGAGAUGAGGAUGAAGACGAAGUACCUUUAAACUCCUUCCAGCCAGCUGCAGAGAUGAUUUACAGUGUCUUGCAGUGAAACUUUUCGUAUUUUUGCUUGACACAAUACAUUUAGACAUCGCCUGACACAAUGAACUCUGACACAUUAUGACGUGCCUCGUGUCAUCAUGUGGAACAGGUCAUGUCCCUUACAUAUAUAAAUAAAUAUUAUAUCCCGGUCAGCAUUCAGCCGUUGAGUCAACGCUGAAAUCACAUACAUGACCAUAAUUUAAAAGUUCCACCUAUUUUUACAGUUUCUUCAUAACUGAAUGGUUCAGAUUUAAACAAUACAUACAGAGUGGUUUGCUGUGAAUUGCUCCAUCCUAUAGAAAGAAAUCUUUACAGUGAUGAUUAAUAAAAUAGUGGUAAAUGUGGG